AUGAGUAUGAAUACCAUUAAACAUGAAAUAGAAGAAAUUCUUUCGCAAGAUGAUCAAUCUUUAAUGAUUAAUCGAUUUGAUAAACUAAUCAAGAAAGUCGGAGUUGAUCCAAUUGCAGAAUGGCGAAAUCCUGUGAAUCAAAAAGGAAAUACAUUACUACAUGAAUUGGUUGAAAAAAACUGUCCAGAUGUUAUUCAACAUCUAGCUAGGUCACAUAAGUUAGAUAUAGAUGUUCCUCGUGAAUCAGACGAUAAAACACCUUUGGACUUGGCUCAAUUUAAAGAUAAUGAAGACAUGGUGAAUUUAUUAGAUGAACUUAAUGAUGAAAAAAUUACCCAACAAAGUCCAGAUGGUGAUGUAUCUGAGGUGGACAAAAGAAAAAGACUGAACAUUGUUUGGCUCGAUUUAGAAAUGACAUCUAUUGAAGAUCCCAAAAUCAUGGAAUGUGCUGUUAUUAUUACUGAUAAAUACUUACGUGAAUUAGAACGAGAUCAAUGGGUCGUUCAUUAUGAUCAAAAAGAAUUAGACACACUUGGUCAAUGGCAUCAGGAACAAUUCAAAUCUGUUGAUGAGGGUGGAAACGGUUUAUUUGAAGCAUGCGUCAAAUCUAAUCUUUCUGAAGCAGAUGUUGAACAAAAGUUACUUAAAAUACUUCAACGUCAUUGUCCAGAAAAAGAAUGUCCUCUAGCCGGCAGUUCAAUACAUAUUGAUAAAGAAGUUUUAAAACAGAGAAUGCCAAAAGCUCAUGAUUAUUUACAUUAUCGUAUUAUUGAUGUUAGUUCAUUUCGUGGAAUGUUAAAGCGAUGGGCACCGAGAAGUGAAUUAAAAUUUGUAAGUAAACUAUCCAACAAUGGUCGAGAAACAGUUAACCAUCGAGCUAUGGAUGAUAUUGAAUAUUCAAUAGAACUUAUGAAAUUAUUUCAUCAAUUAUUGACCGGACGUCCGUACCGAAACAAACAACCACAAAAUUCACCAGUAAAUAAAAAUCAUAGACAGAAUGCUGGAGAAGCUUCCGCUUUACCAAGAGGCAGUCGUUCGUUUGAUAGUUUUGAAAUAGAUAAAUCAACAUAUUAUGCUGAUGAGAAGACACUUAUAGCACGAUUGGAACUCGACAAGAAUAUUAAUACAAAAUCUUUAAAACUGGAUAAAAAAAAUCAAGAUAUUUACAAUCGUAAUCCACAUUUGCGAGAAAUUUUUAUUAGUGGUGGAUCUAAGGUGGACAUUCAAAAAAUAUUCAAUAAAGAAAGUCGUUUUUUGAAUUUACAAAGUCCUCCAUUCAAUCGAAAAACGAUUGUUCAACAGCCUAUUACAACUGAACAUUGGGGAACACGAAAACUAUUAUUAACAGAUAUCGAGUUUUUGACAAAUUACGGUCGAGCUAGAAAAUAUUUAGUAAUUUAUAUUGGUGCAGCACCUGGCAUACACAUUAAUUAUUUAAGUGAAUUAUUUCCUGAUCUUGAAUUUGUUCUUAUUGAUACAAAAAAAGUUGAAACUAAAAAAACACCAAAAAUUCAUAUUCGUUCAGGAGAAUUUAUAGAUGAUAUAGUGAAAGAAUAUUCUAAAUCAAGAAAAGAGUUAUUAUUGAUUUGUGACAUACAUGCAUUUGGUGCACAAGAUGAUAUAGACGAAAACUUAGCAAUAGAUAUGGUCAAUCAAAAAGAAUGGCAUUUAUCUAUGAAGCCAAGUGCAUCUCUUUUAACAUUGCACUUUUCGCGUACACAAAAUCGAUUACAGUAUUUUGAAGGUGAUCUCAUAUUGGAACCAUGGGGUUCAAGACAUCCUUCUGGUUGUCGUUUGGUCGUUCAAAAAGGUGCACGUAUGAUUGAUUAUAAUAUUAAAAACCUUAAGUCAUGUAUGGAUUAUUUUCAAAAUGUUCUGAGAACAAAUUAUUAUGAACAUGAUGUAAAAGAUUUAAAUACUGAUGGACUUGAUCAUUGUUAUGAUUGUCGAAGUGAAAUCUUUAUUUUAUCUCGAUAUCUAGAAAAGGUUCAAAAAAUUUCAGUGGAACAAAUACCAAAGACUGUACUGAGAAUUUCUGAAGAAAUUUCAAAAAACAUAAUCGAUAACAACAGACCGUCAAUUGUCGCUGGCAUGCGAACACUGGCUGUUGUUCCCAAGAAAUAA